AUUCUCUGCACUAGACCUCCACCAGCUCCAACAAGUUUCGAAAUUUGGGUUUUCAGCAGACUCACUCUUCUGAUCGAACCUGCGUAUCACAGUCGUAGUCGUCUUCCAUGAUUUUACAAUUAGGGCUUGCAGAAAAAGGUGGGAGGAAACAGGAUUUGAGAGGCUUCAGGGCCUGGGCUCCGAUCGCCAUUGAGGUUGAAAGAGGACUUCGUCUCGACUAAACCAUUGUUAUAAAGGUGGGAGCUUUACAGUGUAACAUAAACAAACCAUUUUCACUGAAUGUUGCAGUUGCGCGUUAGGCCAGUUGGACAAGAUGACAGUAUAAAGGGGCGAUUGUAUGAAUAACUAGUUUUGGGGGAAUGGUGGGUUCAUCUAUAACUAAUUCGAGAUAUACGUAUUUACAUGACUGUAAACGGCCUUGUGAAGCAGUUGACGUGCACCACAUCAUUGUUCGAAAGAGUGGUGCGAAGGGUUUCUUAAUGUACUUGUUUGCUGUUGUUAUUCUAGCUACUGCCUUCUACAUUUUCUUUGUUAAGGAGAAAUCCGUCAUCAUUGUUUUAUGGAGUCUCCUUUUAGAUGCGUUCCUUGUAAAAUUGCUUCAGAAGAGUGUUGAGAAAGAGUCCAUCAUGGUUAUGCCAGCGUUUGGAGUUCAACUAGAAACUCACUAUGUGAGUGGAAAGAUUAUUCGUCGGUUUGUUCCUAUGGACAAGAUUUUGAAACCUGUGGUACUAGAAUGUGUGACUCCAGUUACUUGUUACUGGAGCCUGUCUUUCAUUGUACACGGGGAAGCAGAAUUGGUAUUAAUUUUUAAGGAAUUGCGUCCGCCUAUGAAAAUGUUGGUGCCCAUCUGGAAGGCCUUAUGUGCUGCCACUGGUACUAAAGGAAGCUCAAACGCAUGUACGGAAGAUGGUUGAUGGAGAUGAUUGAUUGCUGCUCAAGCAACAUAGAAUAAUUUGCGGAGCUAAUGCAACCUCUUCAAGGUCACGUAGUUGUUUAGCAUUCUGAUUGAUGGAGCUUCUGUUGCAAACCAAGCGACGAGGAGGAUGAAAGGCGAGGAUUUUGAUAUAUACAAGGUUAAAAGGAAUUCCUAUUGCAGUCAGUUACGCAGGUCACACUGUACAAUCUGCUGAUUUGAUUAAUUGUAGCCAAAAUCAAUGUAAAUUCAAAGUUUGUUCUUA